CAUGCACGUGCAAGAGCGUCCGCUCAUGAUGCCAACUGGGAAAUUCGUCUUGUUCACGCAUCCGUUUUGCGAUCGGUUGAGACCGUGAUUUUCCCCAAGUUCGAAAAUGUUCAGUGAAAAUAUGUUGGUGACCGUUUGAGGCGUGUGCAAGGUGAUAAUCACGAUGUAAAAGGAUUAUAGGGUCCCUAGAUUUAGAGGAUUUUUCGUAGUUUACAACGUUUUCGGACCAUGAACAUGAACUUCGUCUCCUAGAGUUUUAACCAACUUGUGCGGCGUACAUCAAAAGGUGCAUGGAGGGCGAUGGGAAUCUGGCAGAGUGAGGGGGGACUCCGAAGGCGGAUGCCGCUAAGAAGAGCAGGAGGUAGUUGCGCAGUCGGUACCACCAGUCUGGGAGGGAGGGCCAUGCGAUACUACCGUCUAUGGAUAUACACCUGCAACACAGUCUUACUAGCCGGUGCCCUAGCAUUCUGCGGCGCAGCAUCACGCACCCUCAUCUUCGACUACCGACGCAUGCUCAUACCCAACCUAGCCCUCUACCAGCCUACCUUCCUUUACGCUUACCUAGCCUUAGCAACCCAGGGCGGCGCCAUCCAAGUUCUAGGAUGUGUGGCAGCCGUCCGACUCUCCGAGAAGCUCCUGAACGCCUACUGGCUGCUCCUGCUGGUCCUCCUGUUCGGUGACAUCGUCCUGGGCGCCUUCUGGACCUACAAGUUCGAGAAAAUGUGCCAAGACCUCAAGCCGGCGCUGCGCAUGAGGUUCCAGCAGGAGUACGGCACCGACCACGACAUGACCAACCUCUGGGACAGGUUCCAGAGGGACGAGGAGUGCUGCGGCGUCACAGGACCUAACAAUUACGGUAACGAAACAGGGAAAUUCGAGAUGCCUUUGAGCUGCUGCUUAGAACCACCACCAGAGAAUAGCACUAGAUGUAUAAAACACUUUCAGAUCGGCUGUGACGACAAGCUGAUGGAUUACAUGAAGUCGACAGCCGCUUUACUUGCAAUACUCGGCUAUUGCGUACUAGCCUUCCUGAAGAUGUGCUUCCUAGGUAUUUUACGAUACGAAAUUAAGGAGAUGAUACAGAAGAUCCGGAUACUCAAGACGGAACUGGCCUUGCCUAACGUGAACGGUGCGGUGCCUGGGGCCAUAAGGACUGAGAGCGCGGAGAGUGAGAGGGAAUCAUUGCUGGUGAGACCGGAGAGUACAGCGCUGUUGUCGUCACCGCCUACUCAGUCCAAGAACCCAAACGGCAAUAAUAAUUAUGAGAUGCGAGAGUAUCGGAGUGGUAGGGAGAAUAUUUGACUAAAGUACCGCCUAGAGGGCCUUUUCAACCGGGGCCGAUGGGGCCGCGUUAAAAAAGGCCCUCUGGCGACACCAUUAGAGGAUAUCUUCAAUAGGAGACCAAGGGGUAGAGUCAAGGAUGACCCCUGUUGAAAAUGAAGAACAAACUAAUGGGUUGCACGGCCCCUAGAGACUGAUAGUAACAAAGAACAGUUCGUUAGGAUCCUAAUACCAUCUGUUUCGUUAUAUCUCAUACAAUAGUUUGUUUUUAAAAUGUGUUAAUAAGAGACAACGUUGGAGUUUUUCUGGAAGUUCUUCUUUCGAAAUUAAGCACAAAUACCCAAUUAUGUAUUGAAGAUCACUUGGUUCUAAUUUUCGAGCACUUUUUCGAAUGUAUGUAGCUUUGAAUUGUCUAUGGUUACGUCAGUGUUGGCCCUCAAAUUCUCAACCUAUUAUAAUAUAUCAGGCCACACUUUUCAAAGAUAAUCCAAUUUCUAGAUAGCCAAUUUAUAUUACUAUUUUCUCUGUAAUUGAUCCAUUGAACAACGUCCUUUCUUCGCUAACAGAUAACAUAUUUCAGUAUAUCUUACCUUUGACUGCUUUAGCGUUGCUUCUUCAUUUUCAAAAAUGUCUGUCCAGUGAUAUUAUCACUGCCAAUGCCAAUGCAUCUGACUGUUCGGUUUUGUCACUACAAAGACCAAACCAAACAGUCAGAUGCAUUGGCACCAUUUCCAUAACACUAUUUAUUUAGCCUUAGCCAUUAUACUGCUACAUAUAAUCGAGACAGUGCUCAAAAAUGACCUAUUGAAAAGCCAGUCAAAAAGCUUUUGAAAGAAGAUAUAUAAUCUAUAUUCUAUUCUAUAAAAACCAUCUCAAUGAUAUCGACUGGAAAACAUUGCAUGACUAAUCCAAUGUGGGAUAGAUUAUUCGACAGAAAUUUUCAAUUUGAAAAUAAAUUCACCAGUAUACCAGAAACUAAGUGAUCAAAACAUUAUAUACAGAAAAUUCUCUGUGCAAAAAUAUCGUCUGAAAUAUCGAAGACCCUUAAAAUUUCUGCAAUGGCGGAUUAAAACGAAUUGUUCUUUGUUUUUUGAAAUCAGUUAACACCAACGCUAUGCGCUAACCAAGAAUUUAAUCUUAGAUAAAAUAUGAAUCUAUAUACAUAAUUCAAAGGAUGAAAUUCCUAGACUUUCAUGGCAAAAAAUUUGUGUAUUUUUUUCAUUUAAAAAAAAAUAUUGAUAUCCAUUGUUAUGAAAUUUUUUUAAAAGCCAUAUUUUUUCAAGGGUAUAGAAAUCAUUCGAUGGAAACAUUCCUUUGAAUAUCCAUAUUUCGAUUUGGUGCACACCGUAUUUAACACAAGUUCUUUGUCAUGAUUGUAAAAACGACCAUCUUGAGAAGGUGCAAUUUCAUCAUCUUCAAUUGAUUAUUAGAUCACUUAAUUUCACCUUCCAACGAUUUUCGGUAGAAAACGAAUCAAAACCUGGAGUCUAGAAGCUUUUAUAAAUCAUACCAAUGCUAUAUUUUGUAAGAAACGCUCUUAAAGAAGUCCAUCAGACGAAAAAGAACGAUUUUCUCUAGUCAUAAGCCAACCGCUUAAACACAAGUUAAAAUUAUAUUAAAGUCAUAAGACCUAUUGUGAUAAUUUUUUUUUCAAUUCAUGUGGAUAUUGUUAGAGAUACUAUUUUUUAUAUAAUACUAGUGAAUCCUCAACUUCUUUGUGUUUUAUUACGUGUUUUCACUGUGAUUAGACAGGAAGGAAAAUGUAAAAUUCUAUAUUUAUCUGAUUAAUGUGGAUAAUUCUUGAUGUCUUCUGAAGUAUCAUUCGAAUUUCAUAUGAAUAAAAGGAGGUAUUUAAAUUAUGUGAAUGAGCUUUAUGUACAUUCCUUAUUGCACAAUUCGUGUUUCAUAAUUAUUAACUGACUGAAGUUCAACGAAGAAAGUAUCUUCGCAAAAAUACGACUUCGUUUUACUAUAAAAAAACCAACAUGUAUCAUGUUAUUUCGCAACAGGACAUGGCAGAGAAUAUGACCUUCAUUAUAAUUCCAAGGCAUAACUAUAAGGGUUGAACAAUGGACUUGCUAAUGCGAUUUAUUAUGUGAUUUACAUGAAGGAGGCUAUGAUGAUAUCCUCAAGAUCCUUUGGCAUCAUUUGAAUUAAUUUUAUGAAGGAAACUAUUUUGAAUAGCCUAGGUUUUUAGAUCGUUAUUAAUAUUCAACAGUUAGCGAACGUAUUUUAUAGAAGACAGGUACUUCAAAAGAAACAAUUAAUAUCAUUUUUAUAUUCACGUAAGAAAAAGAAAUGUAGAGUAUGGGUCGGUUCAAACAUUGAAUGGCUUUCAUUCGAUGAACUUCAAGAAGGUAAUUUUCAAAUUGGCAUAUUCGAUCGCACUUUUGAUAAUACAUUUAUAUAUUUAAAACCAUUACAUUUCAAUUGUAUGCUUCAGAGCGACAGUGCAUGACAUGGAUGUGUUCAUUUCAUCAAAAUCACAUUAUAUUAGUGUAAAAUAGGAUAAAGUUAUUUCCAAAAGAUUUUAGCAAGGUAGAUUUAGACGAAAGGAGACAAUAUCCUUUCAAAAGUAAAUGAAUUUGGUGCUAAUGGAGUAGAGUAGAAUUUUCAUCGUAUUUCACACUAUUCGAUGUGGAGGAAUGAGUUGAGAUUAUCUAUUGCCAACGAUAUUUAACGGCUAGGUAGAUCUGUGGAUCAGGUUGAUCUACUAGUUAUGAAACCUUAUCUCAUUAGGAACUGAAUAUCUGAACUCAUUCUUCCACGACCACACUAUACACAAUAAUUUAUUGAUAUCUGUAUUGUUAAUAUAUAAAAAUGUAAAACCCAGAGGCAUUGAGAAUUAUCCCCCAAACAAUUCAGGAUCGGUAUAAAAUAAUUGUGAAAAACAUUCCGAAGAUCCAAAAUGUGUUUUAUUCGUUACCACUAGCAAUAAGUUCUCAACAAGUUCAUCAUGUUACACUCAAAAAUUAUUAUGAUAUGAUACAGACUUGAACAAAUAGAUUAUAGGUAUAAAUGAUUUAAUGGAGAAGUCUAUAUGUACAGUGUAUAUAAGUAAAUAGACAAUAUAUUGUAGUUCUAACUGAGUAAGGGUAGAACAUUGCUCUAUUACGACCUUAAACGUUUUAUAUAAUAUUAUGAACUGAAAUCUCUAUAGAAUAUCACAAUAUUCCCAAAAUAUUCGAUUCGUUAACGAAAUAACUGCGAGCACUAAAACUUUGCAUUCGUUCAAUCAUCUUCAUCUCUUUCAUUACAGUUGUUAAAUUUUUCUCGUUCACUUACACUUAUGUAAACUUCCUCGAUACCAAAAUCUGAUUAUUAUGUCUUCAAAGUGGAAAUUCAUAUCAUGUGAAAUGCUGUUUAAAAACUUGUUAUAACGUCUUUUUGAUUUGCACUGAAAAAAUAAUCGAUUAUAAGCUGCCGCUUAGGUUCUUUGAAAGAAUUCAAUCAAAAAAAGAAGAAAGGAUCUGAGAUAGGGAUUC